AUGCUUCGCGUUUUUGCAAUUGUCAUAGUCAAUAUUGUCUAUACAAAUGCUUACGCUGGAUAUCAAGAAAGGAUACCAAAUGGUGAUCAUGUACCACAUCCCUGUAAACCAAAUUUUGUCUGGAAGGGUGUCGGCCAUUUAAACAUGGCUGGUGGUGGAGAGAGGAACGCCUUUGGCCAGGAUUUUGCAAAAGCCAACCAUGAGUGGACUGUAGAAUUUUGUGAGAAAGAUUCAGAUGGAGAUGGAAUAAGUAAUGGUGUAGAAUUGGGGGAUCCAAACUGUGCCUGGACACCUGGCACGGUUCCUCGCCACGUGACCGGUAUAACACACCCCGGUGUUUGUGAUCCGUGGGGAAGUGCCGAAUGCAACGAGAAAAAUUCCUGGGUUAAAUGUGAUAGCGACGAAUUUAAAUGCCCUGCAAUACAUGAAGAAGGAGUACAAAAGAUGGAUUUCCGAUUCCCAUGGACCAAUGUUCCCGACAAAGAAACGACCUAUAUGUGUAUGGGUUUUGAUUUACCAAAUGGCGGAGACUAUCAUAUGAUCGCAACUACGCCAAUUAUCAAUGAAACACGAGUAAUGCACCAUAUAGUUCUUCUUGCCUGUGAAGAGGAUUCGGAGCAAAUAACCAGCCCAAGGGAAUGUUCGAUGGGGUUAAGAGGUUGCACAAAAGCCAUAGGAAUAUGGACAUUAGGUUUACCAGGAGAAUGUUUCAACAAGGAGGCUGGCUUUAGAAUUGGUUUAAAUGGUAUGAAAAAAGGGGUACUUCAGUUUCAUUGGACCAACCCAGAGAGAAAGGCUGAUUUAUGGGAUGCAUCUGGUAUGACUAUCUACUACACCGACAAGUUGAGAAAAUAUAAUGCCGGUAUUUGGAUAACAGGUCAAGUUUAUCUUGAAAUCCCACCGUUGAUGCCAAAAGUUGUCCAGCAUUCAACCUGUUCCUCGCAUUGUACUAAGAAAACUUUUAACAGUUCCAUCUUCCUUACAACUGGUUUAAAUCAUAUGCACUACUUGGGCAUAUCCCAAUAUGUGAAAUUAACAAGAUCAGAUGGAUCUGAGCUCAUGAUCACCAAUGAUGAACAUUAUAGCUACGAUACACCUGUCCUUAACCAGUACGACACACCAAUAGAAGUUAAACCAGGUGAUAGCUUAGAAACGGUUUGUACCUAUAGAUCUAUAUCUAGAAAGAAGACCGCUGUAUAUGGAGAGGGCACCUUUGAUGAAAUGUGUUUUGGUAUUUUUAACUAUUACCCCGAGGAGGCUGUUACAGCAGGGAGUUGUUUGACACGCAAAAACUUUGAAUAUUGUGAUCUUUUUGAUGGAAAAUGUGAUUUUCAAGCGAUUAGGAAUAUGUCUAACCCCGAUACUAAACAAUUAACGGACAAGGUUAUGGAUAAAUGUUCCUAUCAGGGAGAAUGUCUUCAUGGUUGUAGAGCUGUUGUAAUAGAUGUGUUGACAAAUCACGAAUGUUUUAAGAAUGGAUUGGCAAAGGGUAUUACGUACAACAAUUUACUUUCAAGAGGUGUCGAUGACCCCAGUACAGUGCCUGCUAUGCGCUUUGUAGCUGCUAUGCAAUCAUGUGACUGCAGUACCGAGAACCCUAUUAACUAUGUUGCUCAGAUAGGUGACCCCGAAAUACCCAGUUCUGGUUACACCAUAACAAUGUCAUUUACUCUGUUAACCAGUUUGUUGCUCUUGGAAUCCAUGUAAAUCUUGUAUAUUGAAAGUGUAUUAAGGACAUCACUUUUAUUUUAAUCUCAUUUUUGACACGGAUUCUUAC